CAAUGACCCACGCCGAAUGCAGACGUAUGUAAUAUUUUUAUAUAAAUCAUUUAAAUAUUAAUCAUUGUGAAGUGUGUUGCGUGUUGUGCCUCAAAGGACUGCUAAUUUAAUCUGGAUUGAAAAUGUUAUUAGCGCUAUGUUUCAUAGUUCUUCUAAGCGCCCAACUUGGAACAUCGCAAAAAGAGGAUGAAUCCUGCGUUGUAAAACACACGAACACACGUGGUGUGUGCAAACCCGCUUCCAAAUGUCAAUCGGCUAGAGAAGACUUCCAAAACAAUGGUAUCAAGCCCACCUUCUGCACUCAUUCCUUCGAUUCUAUCCUCGUCUGUUGCAGAGACGGCAGUUCUAUAUUAAAUACACAAAUUUUCAAUCGCAGGCCGGUGUGGAAUCAAUUAUCGCAUGUAAAUAACAAUCAAAAUAAACGACUCAGCGAGAGAAAAUGUGACGAAUACAGUCGUGGGGUCACACAGACCGUCAACUUCAUCGCGCUAAUGCCGGAUCCGGACGCAAUGACUUUGGUUUCGCCGAAGUGUAAUUAUGAAAGCGUUCAGCUUAUCGUGGGAGGAGAGAACGCUAACCAGGGUGAAUUCCCACACAUGGCAGCAAUUGGCUGGGUUGAUAUUGAAGGUAAUUAUGCCUUCCAAUGUGGGGGGAGUCUGAUCAGCUCUCGCUUCGUGCUGACAGCCGGUCAUUGCAUCAAAAACCCAAAAAUGAAGGACCCAAAGCCAGCAAUCGUGCGACUUGGUGAUCAAAAUCUGGAUCCAGCAGUUAGUGACGGCGCUAGUCCUGUUGAUAUACCAAUUAAAACCGUACACAAACAUCCAAUGUAUCAGUCACCCGGUAAAUACAAUGAUAUCGCUCUAUUUGAGCUCAACAGCGAUGUAGACUUUGAAUCAGCGAUCAGACCGGCCUGCCUUUGGACGAAGUUCGACUUCCCUGGCCAUACAAAGGCUGUGGCUACAGGUUGGGGGGUCACUAGUGCACAUAGCAGAGAGUCGUCAAAGGAAUUACAGAAGGUAUCCUUGACGUUACUGGAAAAUGAUCACUGCGAUGUACUCUUAAACGACACGCAUAACAGGCAUUGGGCGGGAUUCAUUGACUCCCAGAUGUGCGCUGGAGAGUUGCGUGGAGGGAAGGAUACGUGUCAAGGUGACUCCGGAUCUCCACUCCAAAUUGCGUCCACACAAAAUAAAUGCAUCUUCCAUAUCGUCGGCAUCACAUCGUUUGGUCGCAGUUGCGCUGAGUCGGGCAGACCUGCUGUAUACACGAGGGUAUCCGUCUAUUUAGAUUGGAUUGAAUCGGUUGUCUGGCCAGGAGAAUAAUUUAAUACAUAUUGUAACAUUUUUUAUACUUUAAUAAAAAAAAAUAUUAAUAACAAUCCUU